AUGGCCACCGCUUCAGUUGCAUUUAAGUCCAGGGAGGACCACCGCAAACAGAUUGAGUUGGAGGAGGCACGGAAAGCGGGGCUUGCGCCAGCUGAACUCGAUGAAGAUGGAAAGGAAAUCAAUCCUCAUAUUCCGCAGUAUAUGUCAUCUGCACCUUGGUAUCUUAAUGCUGAGAGACCAAGUUUGAAGCAUCAAAGAAAAUGGAAAUCUGAUCCCAAUUAUACCAAAUCAUGGUACGAUAGAGGUGCUAAAAUCUUUCAGGCCGACAAGUAUAGGAAAGGUGCAUGUGAAAAUUGUGGAGCAAUGACGCAUGAUUCAAAGUCAUGCAUGGAAAGACCACGGAAAGUGGGUGCAAAAUGGACAAACACACACAUUGCUCCUGAUGAAAAGAUAGAAACUUUUGAGCUUGACUAUGAUGGCAAACGGGACAGAUGGAAUGGUUAUGAUGCAUCAACUUAUGCUCGAGUGAUUGAGAGGUAUGAAGCUAGAGAUGAAGCACGAAAGAAGUACCUGAAAGAACAACAGCUUAAGAAAUUGGAGAAGAGCAACCAAAAUGGUGAGGAUCCUACAAGUGAUGAGGAUGAAGAUGAAGAUGAUUUAAGGGUAGAUGAGGCAAAGGUUGAUGAGAGCAAACAAAUGGACUUUGCAAAGGUUGAGAAGCGUGUACGUACUACAGGUGGUGGGAGUACAGGAACUGUGAGGAAUCUACGUAUUCGAGAGGAUACUGCAAAAUAUCUUCUUAAUCUUGAUGUCAAUUCAGCACAUUACGAUCCCAAAACCAGAUCCAUGCGAGAGGAUCCCCUUCCAGAUGCAGAUCCAAAUGAAAAGUUUUAUGGGGGUGAUAACCAAUAUAGAAAUAGUGGACAAGCUUUGGAAUUUAAGGAAUUGAACAUCCAUGCUUGGGAAGCAUUUGACAAGGGACAAGAUGUUCACAUGCAAGCAGCUCCAUCGCAAGCUGAAUUACUCUAUAAGAGUUUCAAGGUCCGGAAGGAGAAGUUGAAGUAUCAUACAAAGGAAACCAUUAUUGAGAAGUAUGGUAAUGCUGCCGAUGAGGACAAGCCUCCAAGAGAACUUCUGCUGGGCCAAAGUGAAAGGCAAGUUGAAUAUGACCGAGCUGGUAGAAUAAUAAAGGGCCAGGAAGCAGCACUCCCCAGGAGCAAGUAUGAAGAAGAUAUUUACAUUAACAACCACACGACUGUCUGGGGUUCAUGGUGGAAGGAUCACCAGUGGGGCUAUAAAUGCUGCAAGCAGACAAUACGAAAUAGCUAUUGCACUGGUGCUGCUGGUAUUGAGGCUGCUGAAGCUGCAAGUGAUCUUAUGAAAGCCAACAUUGCCCGUAAGGAGGCUGCUACAGACGAUUCUGCACCCGUGGAGGAGAAAAAGCUCGCUACUUGGGGUACUGAUGUCCCAGAUGAUCUAGUUCUGGAUGAGAAAUUGCUUGCUGAUGCCCUCAAAAAGGAAGAUCUAAGGAAGAGGGAAGAGAAAGAUGAGAGGAAACGCAAGUAUAAUGUUCGAUGGAACGAUGAGGUUACUGCAGAGGACAUGGAAGCAUAUCGGAUGAAGAAAGUUCAUCAUGAUGAUCCAAUGAAAGAUUUCCUGCACUAA